AUGGCGACAUCUCCUACGCCCUCUAGCUCAAUUCCCCCAUCAGGUCAAAGUGCUGCAAGUGGUAGCGCUGGACAUUCCGACAUUGAGAAUACACUUUUUGUCAGUAAAGAUGUAUCAUUAACCUUAACUCCUGAGUCCUUAGUUAUCAAAGGAGCAGGUCCCCGUCGUUCUGUGACACUAGAUGCAUCCACCUCUUCGGAGCCCGUGGGCUCUUCAAAUUCACGUGCAAUACCUUUACAUCACAUUCUUUGGGCAGAAUUGAUUGAGAAAGAACUCAUCAUAAAUUACGCAAAGGAGCUUUCGAAGACUAUUCUUCAACCAGCAAUACUAAAGUAUGUUAUUGAAGAAGAACGAGAUCGAGUAGAAGCAUGGAUUUCUAGCCUUAAAGAUCGAGCAUAUGGUCAAUCCCAACAACAGAAACGAGCUAAAGUAUUAAUUAAUCCAAAGAGUGGAAAAGGGCAAUCGGAGAAGAUCUAUGCAAAAGAUGUUUCCCCAAUUCUCGAAGCUGCCCAUCUGAUAAUUGAUGUGACAGUAACCAAAGCCACAAAGGAAGCCAUUGAUAUCGUGGAAAAACUUGAUAUUGAAGCUUACGAUGUGAUAAUUUGUUGUUCUGGAGAUGGUCUUCCAUUUGAGGUUUUCAAUGGUCUUGGAAAACGUAAAGAUGCGAAGCGAGCUCUCUCGAAAAUGGCGAUUGCGCAUAUUCCUUGUGGGUCCGGAAAUGGGUUACAUUGCAGUCUUCAUGGUAAUAUUAGAUCUGCCAGUAUUGCAGCUCUUUCUAUAGUCAAAGGUAUUCGUACGCCAUUAGAUUUAAUCUCAGUCACGCAGGGUGAAGAAAGACAUUUAUCAUUCCUCUCCCAAGCCCUUGGUAUCGUGGCUGAAUUUGAUCUGGGAACAGAGCAUUUGCGAUGGAUGGGAGGAACAAGAUUUAUCUAUGGUUUUGUUUUGAAAUCUCUUCAAAAGAAAAUUUACCCUUGUGAUAUUGCUGUCAAGGUGGUUACAGAUGAUAAAGAAGAAAUCAAACGACGUUAUCAUGAAGCUAUGCAGCUUGGUGGUACACCAGAAGAAGUCUUACGAGGAAAUGAUUCAUUAGAGGGUGGCUUACCGGAAUUGAAGUAUGGAACUUCAACCGAUCCAUUACCUCAAGAUUGGAAAGUCGAACAACAUGAUAACAUGGGAAGUUUUUAUUGUGGUAAUAUGUCUUGGAUGGGCGCAGAUGUGGAUUAUUUUCCAGCUGCACUUCCAAGUGAUGGUUGUAUGGAUAUGGUCACCAUCGAUUAUUCUAAUCUCAGUCGACUCCAAGCAUUACAACUUUUUCCCGCUGUCGAAAGUGGUAAAUUUUUUGGCCUUCCAUAUGUCAACUACCGAAAAGUCGAAGCAUAUCGCAUCACUCCAAAGAAUCAACCCAAUGGUUAUAUAUCCAUUGACGGAGAGCGAGUACCAUUUGCACCAUUCCAAGCUGAAGUGCAUCGUGGUUUGGGCACGGUACUAUCAGUAUCAGGUUAUAAAUAUGAGACUCCAGGUCCUAAGUAA